AAUAGAAAUCCUUUCUUUCUUCUUUUUAUCUUGUCAAGGUUUAUUAUAGUCUAUAACAUUAACAAUGCCUACCAGAUUAACUAAAACCAGAAAACACAGAGGUAACGUCUCAGCCGGUAAAGGUAGAGUUGGUAAACACAGAAAGCAUCCCGGUGGUAGAGGUAAGGCUGGUGGUCAACAUCAUCACAGAACCAAUUUAGAUAAAUACCAUCCAGGUUAUUUCGGUAAAGUUGGUAUGAGAUACUUCCAUAAACAACAAAACCAUUUCUGGAGACCAGAAAUUAACUUGGACAAAUUAUGGACUUUAGUUGAAGAAUCAAAGAGAGAUGACUAUUUAAAAUCUGCUUCUGCUACUGCUGCUCCAGUCAUUGAUACUUUAGCUUUCGGUUACGGUAAAGUUUUAGGUAAAGGUAGAUUACCAGAAGUCCCAAUCAUUGUCAAAGCUAGAUUUGUUUCUAAAUUAGCUGAAGAAAAAAUCUUAGCUGUUGGUGGUGUUGUUGAAUUAAUUGCUUAAGUUUAAUCGUUUUAGAAGUUUUUCCUUAUUAUUUCUUUAAUAUUAUUCCCAAUGUAAAAAACCUAAUUUCUUACUAUCAUUUGAUAUCUCCAACUUUAUCUUUCAUAUAUACUAAAUAACUUGAGGAGUAUUCCGUGUAUAGUAGAAUAACCCAAAAAAAUAUAAUAAUCAUUAUAACGUUUUCA